GCUUUAUAUUUUAAACCAUGGCGCAUAUUUUGAAAGCGAGAAGGAAAUCAAUAUAGUUUUUAUAGUCCAUAGAUUAUUAUAAGGUGAGAAAAAUGGCAAGCAAGCUGGAAAGUAUCGAGAAGCGAAUCGAAGUUUUAAACGAUUUGGUGGCCGGAUCAGUGCUCACGGAUGAUCUUUUAACAUCGUUGACUACUAGAGAUGGACUUCUAGAUGCAUUGUUUGUGUUAUAUGAAGAGUGCAGUCACGAGUACCUCAUCACAAAAAACAAACAUGUAGCAGCUUUUGUCAGGAAAUAUGCCUCAACAAUUGCUGAAGUAAAAAAGUUAAGAAUCAGUAUGGCUGAUUUUGAGGUUAAAGAUGUCAUUGGGCGAGGACAUUUUGGUGAAGUGCAAGUAGUGAGAGAAAAGGCAUCAGGAACAGUGUAUGCAUUGAAAACACUUCACAAGCAUGAAACACUAGCACAACAUGAGAUCACCUUCUUUGAGGAGGAGCGAGACAUCAUGGCUCUGUCUAACAGUCCAUGGAUCACCAAACUUCACUACGCCUUCCAGGACUCUCUCAAUCUGUACCUAGUGAUGGAGUUCCAUGCGGGAGGUGACCUCCUCUCACUCCUAUCCAGAUAUGAUGACAUCUUUGAAGAGUCCAUGGCCAAGUUUUAUAUUGCUGAGAUGACACAAGCCAUCCGUGCUCUGCAUUGUAUGGGCUAUGUACACAGAGACAUAAAGCCAGAAAAUAUUCUAAUCGACAUUAAAGGUCACAUAAAGCUGGCAGACUUUGGUUCUGCAGCCAAACUAUCACCGGACAUGCUGGUGUCUUUUAGGAUGCCUGUAGGAACCCCAGAUUAUGUGUCUCCAGAGCUUCUCACCUCCAUUAACAAUAAGCAGAUAGUCAGUAAUUAUGGAGUGGAGGUAGACUGGUGGUCCCUGGGAAUCUGCAUGUAUGAAAUGCUGUAUGGGAAAACCCCCUUUACUGAUGAGAACGGAUCACUUAUCAAUACCUACUCCAAGAUUAUGAAUUUUAAGAAAUGUUUAAGUUUCCCCGAAUCUCAGCGUGUGUCUGAGUCGGCCAUUAGUCUGGUGAAGGGUCUGUUGACAGAAAAAUCAUCAAGACUGACAUAUGAUGGGAUCGUCGCUCAUUCCUUCUUUUCUGAUCUUGAUAUAGAGAAUUUAAAACAAGUGAAGCCUCCUUUUGUGCCCCACCUUUCUAGUUUGGAUGACACUUCUAAUUUUGAAGAGUUUGAGAAAAAACGGUAUCAACCAUGUUUUGAUGACUUUAACACAAGCAAAGAGUUCUCUGGAAAAGACUUGCCCUUUGUUGGGUUCACUUACACUAGGCCACAAAACAGUGAAGAGGACAAGGAUUCGGAAUUAUCACCAGAAAGUGACACUUCGUCUGAAGAGUCGGUAGAGUGUCGCAAUGUUGAGGUGAAAUUAACGGUGAAAAUUAACGAGCUUCAGAGCAAGAACCAUCAGCUGGAGGAGUCAGAGUGUUCGUUCCGGUCAGAGAUGGAGAGACUCCAGCUGAAGGCCCAGGAGAAGGAUGAGGAGGUGCGCAGAAUGGCAGCGGAGAGAGACAGCAUGGAGAGGGAGCUUCAGGAUGUACUGACCCAGAAACAGGUUUUAGCUGCUCAGCUUGAUAAAACCUCAGCAGAGAAUGAACAGCUGGAGCUUCAUGCCAUGAAGAACUUCAAUGAAAUCCUAGAGAUGAGGAAAGAGGCCCAGGCAAUUGAAGAGGAAAUACUAAGGUGUCAAGUUGAAGAAUUGCAAGAGGUGGCUGCAGAACUUGAACGAGAAAAAGAGAACCUCCUGCGUAAAGUGUCACAGCGAGACAAGCAGAUAGAUUCCCUCAAAGAACAGGCCUCGACCAAUCAAAAACAAUUAGCAGAACUCCAAAAUCGCCUGGCAAAGGCCAGAAGGAAAUCCCGAGGUGAUCAGAAGAGAGACUUGGCCUUGCUGGAAUCUCAGUCUAAUGCUUGGAGAGAGCAAAUCUCAGAGAAAACCACAGAAAUUCAGGAGAAAGAUAAAAGAAUCCAAGAACUAGAGGAUAUGUUGGAGGCUUAUGAACAACAGGAGAAAGACUUCAUGGAGAGAGAGCAGGUGCUCCUCAACAAACUACAGUCAGCUCCCUCUAAGGAAAAACUGGAUAUCAAGGUCAUGCUCACGACCAGUAAAUCACCAGGGAAGAAGGAGAUUGAAAGCAAACUCAAGAAAAUACAGGAGCUAGAGGAUUUACUGGAGAAGUAUGAAGCCGACUCCCAGGCCUGGCAAGAGGAGGAGGACCAGUACAAAGAAAUGAUCGAGAGUUUAAGUGGAGAGGUCGCGACCUUGAAGCAUCAAUCCCGUCUUUCUGUCAAGGCCAAGGAAAACUUUUUGGAGCAGAUCAAGCUUCAUCAGGAGGAGAUUAGCAAACAGAAACAGAAAAUCAGGGAUUUACAAGAACAUGUCAGUGCUUAUUUAGAGGGACAGAAAAAGGACUCUAGAGAGAUCUCACUGGAAAAACAUGUCAAGGAGCUUGAGAUUGAAGUGGAGAUGCUGAGGGAUGAUAAGAGGAAACUGAUGAAGGACAAACUGUCUGUGCAGACUGAGCUAGAUGAUCUCAAAUGUAAACAAAUGGACAACGAAAGGGUGAAUGAUCAAAUUAUACAGAAAAUCAACCGCUUGACUUCCAAACUGGAGAGAACGGAGAGACAGUUGAAUGCCAGUAGGGAUCGAGAGAUAGAGGUGCGCCUCAAAGCCAGAGACGCCCAGGAAGUAAGGGAUAGGUUGCAAGAGGAAAAUAUGAAAGCAGAGAGAAAAGAGAAUGAAGAGCUAAAAACAAAGCUUGCUGCCUUAAAUGCUGAAAUAGAGCAGCUGAAAUUGACUCCAUCUAGAGACAAUGAGGUAAAAGAUCUCAGAAAUACUUUAGAAACUAACACGCAGAAGGUUACCCAGCUACAGGAAAAGGUGGAGAAAUUGACCAGUGAAAAGUUUGACUCUCUGAGAGAAAUCCGUGAACUCAAACAGGAGAAAGAAAAACUAGAGGAAUCCCUGAACAAUAACAAGCGGGAGCUAGAGAAGGUGGAAAAGAAUGUCAAAGACUUCACAGGACUCAAGGAGGAAAACUCUAGGCUUAAGGAUGAGAAAGAGAGCCUGAAGUCCCAGCUGGCAGAUCUAGAGAGUGAGAAACAGGUGAGCGAGGGGAAGCUGAAGCGGGAGUGUGAAGCAGUGAAUGUCAAGCUACAGAGUGUGGAACAGGAGUUGGAGGAGCAGAAGAUACUGUCAGCCAAACGCUGGAACAAGAUCGAGGAUGCUGAGGACUUGAGGCAGGAAAACAAGUUGUUACAAAGUAAAGCAGAGAUACAGAAAAAGAAGACAGAAGAGCUUGAAAUUAAGAUCAAAGAUUUAGAGAGCCAAAUAACAGAAAGUAAGAAAAAGUUGGAAAAGAUGACUAGCAUAAAACAGGAGCUGGACACACUGAAAUUAGCCAGAAGGUCAUCAGAGGUCAAAAUACAAGAGCUGCAACGGGAGCUAUCAGAGAACCAGCAAAAAGCCUCCUACAACAAGAAGGACGUUCAACACUUGGAGGAGAAACUGCACAAAGAGAAGGAGCAGACAAAUGACAACAUGUCGGAGCUGAAGCGAGAACUGCAGGAGUCUAACCUAGCAUUGAGUGAGGCACGCUCCCUAGUGUCGGCCAUGCAGCGCCAGGAACAGAGCAUGAGGGACAAGUUUAACCAGGAGAUCCGGGAGCUCCAGAUGAAGCUCCACAAAGCCCAAGGUUCGCUCCACCUAGAGCAUGAUAUGGGCACCGUGCUGAUGGAAAAACAAAACCUCCAACUGAAGCUCAUGGAAACAGAGGAGCGGGUGGGUAACCUGUUAAAAGAGAAAGGGACUGCAGUUUUGGAGAAACAGAACAUUGAGGAGAAACUGCUGCACAGCCAACAACAGUGUGAACUUGAAAAGAAGAAAGCUGAGGUGAUGAAGGGAGUGGUGACCGACUUGGAGGACCAGAUUAAGGAUUACGAGACGCUGAUCGAGGAGUACGAAAAACAGCAGGCUGACUGGGAGGAAAUCAAGAAAAAGUUUGAGUCUGCAGUCGAUGAAAGAGAGUUAGAAAUUGAAGGGACAGGUCAGAAGAUGCUGGAGCUACAACAAGCAAAACAAAAUGCCAGUGAGAAAUUGAAUCAAGUGAAGAAAGAAUAUCAGGCUGAGAAGAUGAUACUGAAGUCUGAAAUGGAAACUCUUAAGACGAGGGAGUGGGAGUCUCGGAAGGAGGCCGACAGGUGGAAGGCUCAGGUGACAGAACUUGAGAGUAAAGUUUCAAAAUGUCAAAUGAUGCUGGAGUCACAAAUGAAGAACAUGGAUGCUGACAGUGGAGAAAAGAAUAGACUGAAAGAAGAGAUAUCUAGCAAGAUCACGGAGAUCCAGGAGCUGAGAUCCAAGAACCUGAAGCUGAAGCAGAGCCUGGGGGAGGCCAUGGACAAGUUCGAGAUGAUCUUCGGAGAGAAGGUGGACCUUGAGAACUUUGCGGAGGCUCUACAAGGGUUACACUUCCUGGAGAAGUACAAGUUUGAGAGCACGAUUGGUCAGCAGAUGAAGCUGAUAGAUUAUCUCCAAGCUCUGUAUGAGGACAACAAUAGCAACAAAAAGAAGAAGUCGGCCAAAAAAGGCAGAAAGUCAUUUAACUUUGGUAAGGUGCAUUUCCCUGCCAUGGAAGACUUGCAGAAUUCCUUGGAGCUGGAGCGGAAGAGGAAUGUGAAGCUGACAGAGCAGUUGGAAAGGAUAAGGCAGGAAAACUACAGCCAAGCUCAGGAGUUGUUGCAGUUAAAAGGUCCAUUGAAAGAGAAGGUGGAAAGUACACUGACUCCUCAUGAGAAAGCAGCUGUGGCAUGUCGGACUCCAAUGAAAAGUGUUCCGAGUGCAAUUCUUACCCCACGAGCCCAGCGGUACAACAUAGAGACUCAAGAGAUCCCACCCCUUAGGAUGCACCACAACAUUCCCCAUCGGUUUGUCACGGGGCUAAACACUCGAGCUACGAAAUGUGGAGUGUGUCUGGGAAGUGUUCCAUUCGUCAAAAGAGCCUCAAAAUGCCAAGCCUGUCUAAUGACCUGUCACAUCAAAUGUUCGUCUGAAGCGCCCUCUACCUGCGGCCUUCCUACGGACUACAUCCACUACUUUACCUCCAUAAUGGGCAAGAUUGAGCGCAACAGCAAGAACUUUACACUGGAGGACACCAAUCAAAUCAAGAUAAAGGGAUGGCUCAAAGUACCAAGGACAGGGAAACCUGGCUGGGAGAAGCGCUGGGGCAGUCUAGAGAACAACAUCCUGUUGUUGUAUCGGGAGGAGUCGGACGCCAACCCCAUCGACACGUUUGACCUGAACCCUGCAGAGACAGAUGUGACCGUCCAUAGCGCCAUCAGCAGUGCUGAGCUCCCUAAUACUGCCAGCACAGACCUCCCCUAUGUCCUGAAACUGGAGCAUGAGCCCCUCACCACCUGCUGGCCCAGAAGAGAAUUGUACUUAAUGGCUGUCACAUUCCCUGACAAACAGAAGUGGGUGGCCUCCCUUGAAGCAGCAAUCAAAAGUCUCCAGAGAGUGGAUGCCACAUUCAAGCGAACUAAAUUGCAAGAAUUCCGUGUCCUUGAGCUCAAGGGAGACAGGCGGCUGGAACUGAACUGUACUCUGAUUGUCUCAAACCACAUGCUGCUGCUGGGAGCGGAUGAGGGUCUGUUUGCUGUCAACAUCAGUAAGGGUCAGCACACACUGGUCACCAAGCUGGCGGGUCUGAAGAACAUCCAUCACAUGGUCUACGCCUCAGGUCUGGGCUGGGUCAUCUGUAUCACAGGACAAGACCGCCAUGUGGUUUAUGUUCACCGAGAGGCCAUUAAGGCCCGUUUGAAUCAGGCCACCAGUGAUGAGACGGAACACGUUCCUAAUGACAAGAUUCCGUCCCUGGUCGGGUGUACCGUGUUAGAGGUCAAGCGGGUGUACGAGAGCCUCUAUCUGGUGGCUGGAUUUGAUGACAGAAUCACCGUGAUGAAAUACAACACAGAACUCAAAGAAUUCUGCAUUAGAAAGGAGCUCAAGACCCAGGAGCCAUGCAGCUGUAUCUGCCUGGCUGAGGACUUCGCUAUUGUAGGUACUGAGAAGUUCUACAAGUUUAAUCUGGAGCACCCCUCUCUCAUAGAGUUUGUUGAUAAGAGAGAUAACUCCCUUGCCUUUGCUGCCUUUGGAGCAGCUAUCCAUAACAGCUUUCCACUGGCAGUGGUCAAUGUCACACCAGAGGGUCUGCCAAUGGAAUUUCUCCUCUGUUUUCAUGAGUAUGGUUUCUUUGUUGACUGCAAUGGAAAGAGAAGCCGACCAAAAGACAUGAAAUGGAGUUGCCUCCCUCUAGCCUUCGCCUACAGUGAACCAUUCCUCUAUGUGGUGUACUUCAACAGUAUUCAAGCCAUCACAAUUCCUGCCAACAAGAUGCAAACAAGGGGUAAGCAGACUUGUCUUGACCUAUACUGCCCCCGUUUGCUGGGAAACUCCAUGAAGACGGGCGGGGUAUACAUAGCUACAAACAUGGGCAACAGUACACUGAUGGUGUGUCUCCAAGGAAACGAUGGUAUCAGUGACAAGGAAAAUGUGGCCAGUAAAUCAGAGAGACAGAAAUUUGCGAGUCCACGGAGAGGGAUCCUGAAAGCUUCACAGCGUCACGACUCGAUGACCUCAAUCAGUAGUACCUCCAGUGCUGGCUCCAGUUAUUCCACGUCUAGCUCAUACAAUCGAGUAAAUAUGACAGGUCUGUGUCUGUUGAUUUGUGGUUUCUUGGGAAUCGGUCUCGGAACGGUUCGUUCCCAGCAGACUGCUAGUGUGACAUGGGACCAAAGCUCCAACAAGUUCUCAUUGCACAAAGGGGUCGUUCAGGAUUACGUGGCAAUGGGAGCAUUCAGAAAUGAAAUCAAUUCAACUGGCUGGUCCUAUCUGAAUGUAUCGACUGUCAAGAAGUUUCCCAAUGAGGUACAAGCAUACGCUGCAGGUAUUGUGGAGGGGUACCUGACCAGAGAGCUCAUUGACCUCACCUGGCAAAAUACAGUUAAGGGCUACUGCGAGAAGCCCUACAACAAAUACUGCACAGACUUGAGAGACUUCUUGCAGAAGAACAUGGACUGGGUCAGAGCACAAAAAGACAGAGAGGAAGACUACUGGGGAAUGGUGAGGGCAUUCAUGGUGCAGGUUGAAGGACUUGAGGCCGGGUAUAAGUCUCAGCAAGCUGGAGAAAUUCAUGGAGCCUCAGGGAAGCUAGAUCCGUUUGGAAUGUACUUUUUACAGGUGAGUGGAGAUGUAGAAGAUUUGGAAGAGGCGCUGGGAAAGAAAGAUGCUAAGCGAGUUCGAGGCUCAGGGUCAUGUUCUGCCCUCAUUAAACUGUUGCCUGGAAACAAAGAUUUGUAUGUCAGCCAUGAUACAUGGAAUACGUACCAGAGUAUGAUUAGAGUGUUGAAGAAAUACAACUUCCCAUAUCAAAUGAAGAAAGGAGGUACCAUUCCCGGGCAUACAAUGACCUUUUCAUCUUACCCAGGGACUCUGAUGUCAGGAGAUGACUACUACCUAAUCAGCUCAGGACUGGUUUCCUUGGAGACAACCAUUGGUAAUAGUAACCCCGCCCUCUGGUCCUCUGUAACGCCCACAAACUCUGUGAUGGAGGGAAUCAGGACCAUGGUCAGUAACUACCUGGCUCGAGAUGGAACCUCAUGGGCACAGCUGUUUAUACCAUACAACAGUGGCACGUAA